CAAACCACAUUCUUCUCGUACAUCAGAUUCAACUCGCAGGCCAGCUUUAAACGCACAAGCAAUCAUAUGAAUCAAUCCCUUCCAACAAUUUCCAUUUUCGUUUAAUUAACUCCAUUAAGGAAUUGCAAAACUCCCCACCAAAAUUUCUCGUUGAACGAACACCUUCCUCCUAGAGAAACAAUUUUUUUGCAUUUACGCUGAUCUCCCUUUCUUCUUCUACUACCAAGCUCCGAUCUCACUUCCCCAUCUCUCUACCUCGUGAAUUUGCAUUCAAUUCCACAUCAUUUCGAGGUCUGGACGGAGUAUAUGAUGCUUAAUUAUCAGGUUAGAGAGGUAGGUGCAGUUGUUUCAGAUCUGAAAUCACUCAAACUAUCCCAUUAAUUCGAUGUUUAUUAUGUUGUGAAUUGGGUAUGUGUAUAUAGUAUAGUAAAUUGCUCGCUCUUGUAUAAUAUUGAUGGAAAUGGAGGUCUCUAAGCUAGAUCGUGCAGAAGAGGUGGGAUCUAAAGAUACCCAUUUGCAUCUAUUUAAGGUAGAAUCAUCAGAUAGGCAUAAUUAUUAUAACUUUCAUUCAAUGAAUGCGCUGGAGAUCUUGAGAGAAACAGUUAGAAUUCUUCGAUAUAAUUCCUGGGCUUUCAUGAUCACUGCUGCUUCGCUAAUCUGCCCAGUAUCUGCUAUCUAUUUAACGAAUUCGUUAGUUGAUCAAUCCAUUGUGAAUAAACUAACUGUUAGGCUAUUAUUAGUUGCUAAGUCUAGUGGACUCCCAUUGAGGCCUCAUAUCAGACAGUCAUGUCAGCGCUUUUCCGAGACGGUUGUUUCAUCCGCAAUGUGUUUCCCUUUCUUCAUCACCUUGUCUCUGUUAUCCAAAGCUGCUGUGGUUUACUCUGUGGAUUGUACUUAUUCAAGGAAAAAGGUUAAUCUUAACAAAUUUUUCGUCAUUGUUGGGAAGAUAUGGAAGCGGCUUGUUUCAACAUAUUUGUUGGUGUGUAUGGUCAUUGUUAGUUGCCUUACCUCAUUUUGUGUUCUUCUCAUUUUGGUAUGUAGUACUGUUUCUGUGAUGGGCUUUCCCCCUGAUUUGAAUUUUUAUGCAGCAAUCUUGAUGGAGUUAGUAUUCUCUGUUGUUUUUGCAAAUGCCAUUAUUAUUUGCAAUACUGGAAUUGUCAUAUGUGUUUUGGAGGAUGUUUCAGGACUACAAGCAUUGUUCCGGUCUGUAGUUUUGAUUAGAGGGCAGACUCAGGUGGGUCUUUUAAUAUUCCUUGGAUCCACCAUUGGAAUGGCAUUUGUGGAAGGAUUAUUUGAGCAUAGAGUAAAGACAAUGAGUUAUGGAGAUGGGUCAUCCAGGAUCUGGGAAGGGCCUUUUUUGGUGAUUAUGUACUCAUUUGUGGUGCUUAUUGAUUCGAUGAUGAGUGCAGUCUUUUACUUCAGUUGCAGAUCUUAUAGUAUGGAAGCUUUGGAAGGGGAAUGUCAAUCAAUAUUAGAAACUGUGGCUUCUUCCCCUGGAUCGACAGAGAGUCAAUGAUAUAGUCUUGUAAUAUUUGUUCAGUCCGUACAAAAGUUUGAGUUCAGAAGACUGGAAGUGGCCAUGAGAUCAAUGUGGAUUCUGUUGUCGGUUUUCAUAUUCUUUUGCUUCCUUCCAGGCAAUGGCUUGUCAGAAUAUCAGCAGAUCUUGUUGCACGGGUUUGAAAGUAGUUGUUUUCAUCAUAUGAUCAUGUUUUGUUUUUCCAGUGAUCCAAGAGGUGGAAAGAAGGCUUGUCAAAACUGAUUACUUGAAACUUAAACGGGUAAAAGCAGUAUUCCUUGGGAGGAAGACUUGAGAGAUUAUAAUGGAUUUUUCUGUUUCUUUUAGCUGAAAAUUAUAGUUAUUAUAGCUCUAAUCAUAAAAAAUGAAUAAUCUCAUCAAUCUUUUUAUAAUACAAACUUAUACCUUCAAGUCUUAAUUCUGUCUGUUGAGUUGAUUUUUGUGUAAUCAUAAGAUAUGAACAGCUCUGAUUUUUGUAUAAUCAUAAAACACAAACAGCACUUCCCUCCU